CUAGUGGCCAAGUUCUGGUCUAUAAAAUGAAGCCUCAGUUGCCCUCUUAAGAUAUCACAACUCAACCCGUAAAAAGUUCUGUACCUUUUCUAACUUAAUCGCUAGCCCUCCUCCCUCCAUGGAUCACCUUUCUUUGUUCAAUACUUGUUUUCUUAUUUUCAUUUCUCCUAUAUUCAUGGCGCAAUAUAGCUCUUCUUCUGUAAGUAUACGAUGCAGCCAAACCCCAUACCCUCAAGUCUGCAACCAUUUCAUCAACGCCAACCUCUUAUCAACCCUAGAUGAUCAUGAACAAAGGUUUACAUUUCGUGAUUUGACACUUAAAGUCACCAUGGACCAAGCCAUUGGAGCCCAUCAACUCGUCUCAUCCUUGAACUUGAACUCAUUGAAAGAUGAGAGAGCCAAGUUGGCUUGGAAUGAUUGUUUGGAGCUCCAUGAGGACACCGUCGACAAGAUCAAUCGUUCGAUUCGCUCCAGCAACGCCCUAGACGCCAAUACAUGGUUAAGUGCAUCGAUUGCUAAUCAGCAAACUUGCCAAAAUGGUUUCACCAAUCUCAAAAUUCCUAAUUCUUAUUUACAAUCAUUUCCAAAUUAUGUCACGCUAACAACCAACCUGUCCAAGCUGCUUAGCAAUUCACUGUCACUACACAAGGCCUCAACUUCACCGUCGGCUUUGCAUUUCAGCAAACAGGUUCGUGGGAAACGACGCUUAUUGCUCUCGGAAUCAGAUGAUGGGUUCCCGGAAUGGGUUUCGUUUGCUGAUCGAAAGCUUCUGCGAUCGACUGGGGGUGGGCCAAAAGCUGAUAUGGUAGUAGCCCAAGAUGGGUCUGGAAACUACGAGACAAUUUCCGAGGCUGUGGGUGCUGCGCAGAACCUACGAAGUGGGUCCACUGAAAGAUUUGUUAUACACGUGAAAGCUGGGGUUUACAAAGAGAACGUUGAGAUUAAGAAGACAUUGAAGAACAUCAUGUUCAUUGGUGAUGGGAUUGAUGCAACCAUUGUUACCGGGAACAGAAAUAGCCAAGAUGGUUCAACCACAUAUAGCUCUGCCACUUUUGGGGUUACGGGGGAAGGCUUCAUUGCUCAGGGCAUGACAUUUGAGAACACAGCAGGGCCGCAGAAACACCAAGCCGUGGCACUGCGCUCCGGCGCGGAUCACUCAGUGUUCUACCGUUGCAGCUUCAAAGGCUACCAAGACACUUUAUACGUAUAUUCCCAACGCCAAUUCUACCGUGAGUGCGACGUAUACGGCACCAUAGACUUCAUCUGCGGCGACGCCACGGCCGUGCUCCAAAACUGCAACGUGUACGUGAGAAAACCAAUGAGCAACCAAGUAAACACCGUCACAGCACAGUCGAGGACCGACGCCAAUGAGAACACAGGCAUUGUUAUCCAUAGCUCGCGUGUGACAGCUGCUCCGGACUUGAGAGCUGUGCAAGGCUCGUUUAGGACCUAUUUGGGCAGGCCAUGGAAAAAGUACUCGAGGACGGUGAUCAUGAAGAGCGAUCUAGAUGGGUUGAUUGACCCGGCUGGUUGGUUCCCAUGGAGCGGAAGCUUUGCCCUCUCUACACUUUAUUAUGGUGAGUACAUGAACUCUGGGGCUGGUGGUGCCACUGGAGGGAGGGUCAAGUGGCCAGGCUAUCGUGUCAUAACGAGUGCGGUGGAGGCCGGGAAGUUUACAGUUGGGAACAUAUUGGCCGGAGAAUCGUGGAUUCCAGCCACCGGAGUGCCAUUUUCAGCUGGUCUGUGAUAAUUGUGAUGUGGUUGGAUACGUAUACAUCAUGCAUGCAUGUGGUGAGAGGUUGUUUGACUUUUAAAAGUAGAGGAGGGAGAGGGGGGGCUUGUCACUUUGUGUAGGUGGGAUAAGGACUUAAAGUUGUAUAUUUGUAACAUAGCAUGUGUUAGCUACCUUUUGGAAGAUAAUAUCUACGGAGAUGCUUGUUUUCUUGACUUCUUUUCCCCUUUUUCCUUAUCCCUCCAAUCCAAUGAAUGCCACAGACGUAGGGCAAAUGAAUCAUUGGACGCACAAGUAGUUGCAAAUAUUAUUUGAUGCCUUAUGAAAAAAAGGAAUAGUUUUUAGAUGCAUUAUCUAAGAGAAGAGCUGUGAGUAACGUAGCAGCAUAUGCAAAGACCACCACACAUGGAUCAAUUUGAUGCGUCACAGGUGGGAGUACAAGUAGUACUUGUAGUAGCCAGCCACUACUGGAGUGCGACAUGUCCCAAGAACGAAGCUAUAAUGAAGAAAACAAAUCUCUCUCUCUGUUUCUCUGUGCAUUAAGAUGAAAAGAUGGAGGUGAAAUCAAAAUCCAUUGAUAAUAUUAGUUGUGGAGAUAAUACAGUGAUUAGCCUGAUUCUAUACAAACAGAGGGCCUCUAAUUUGGAGGCCCCUUUCCCUUCAGAGGGAAAAAAAAAAUUUCUUAUAACAGAAAUAGCACUAUUUUGUUAUCUCCAACUAAUAAUACAAUGACAUGUAAAAAAAUUAACUUACA